UCCAAUUUUAUUUUUGUAAUAUUGCAAUAGUUUCUGCCGUUUGGAGAAACAUAUUUCUUCGGUCUUCUUAAAACUAAAAUAGUACAUCACAAUAAAUAUUAGUUACGUACGUUAACCACUAAUAUUAUUCAUUUGUAAAUAAUUCAUUAAUACUCGCGAAGAAUUAGUAAUUUUUCAACGGAAACGAAAAUCGAAAUUCAGAUAUAAAAACACAUAUAUAAAGUAUUAAUAAAUUAUUUAUUACAAAAAUAUUAUAGGUAUUAAUUGAAAAUGACUUUUUUUAUUUAUAGACAAUGGUGUUAACCUACUACACGUGGAGUUGACCGUACAGAGCCGGAAGGUGCCGAACUUGUGCCGAACGCCUAUGGUGUUGAUCAUGUGCAUAUGAAAACUCGCUUUAGCUUUUGUUUACAACAAAAUGACAGCCCUAUAGUUUUAUUUUAUUAUUGGAAUAUAGAUGAAUAAUAUUCUCUACAAUGGAUAUUUUAUGGAACCAGGUCAAUUUACAACGUCCACCAUGCAGAUCUUGGGAUAUUUCUGUGAGAGAAUUUGAUCCAACAACAUUUUUAACAGUCAUUGACAGAGUUCUCAAUGACUUUCAGAAUUUCAAAACAAUGCAUGCAGAGGCUGCUCUUCUUAGUCGAUUGAUUUACCGCAUGAAAAGUAAAUUCAGAAGUGAUAAAGGACUGAAGCAUAUGGAAAAAGUCAACAGAGCCUUGUUAAACUAUUUGAAUAUGUCUCUAGACAAAGAAUAUGAACUUUUAAAGGAAUGUACUGAAAUUAACAAUAGCAUCGUCAGUCUUCCUCCACAACAGACUCUUGAAUAUGUUUUAGUAAGAACACAAGGUUUUGCCAAACUUAUGUGCAGAGUAGAGUCUACUUGUAUGAUAGCAGCUUAUUUUUUUAAAUCUAGGUUACACAUUGGACAGUCAUGGCCUAUUGCUAUGGUUGCUUAUGGAGUUAUAAGCAGAAUAUGGAUGCUUUCAAGACAUAUAAUAAAAAAAUCAUGUGCAUGGUAUGACAGUGUUUAUAAGUACGUUAAAAUGUUUCAAAAAGUUGGGAUACCAUGGUUACCAGAUGCUUAUGUCUUACCUGAAAAUCUUGCUGAUUGGUUAAAACUUUCAUGGAUUGAAGAUUUUGAAAAUUUUUCAACUAAAGGUCAAUGGGAUCGAUCUAUUUUUGAUUUAAUUGAAGCAAUUAAUACAAUCGAACCUGAUUGUGUAAUAGAAACUUUAACAGCUGAAAAUUCAAGUUCAAAACAAAAUCCUAUACAAGCAAAUAUUUCAGUCAUAACAGAAGAUAUAGAUUAUGGAGUUCCAGUGUCUCGUGAGGUUUUUGGAAAAUGUAAUGACAAAUCCAGUAAAAAUCUAAAAACCAAAGCCAAAAAAAGGAUAAAGAAACAAAAUCAUACUUUGUAUGAAAGAUUGCAAUUAUUAAAUGUAAAAUGUGAAAGAGACAUUGUUAAUUUCUUAAAAGCAGAUUACUGUCCAGGAUAUGAUAAACUACAGUGGAGAAUAUUACAAAAACGGGUAAAAAAAUUUGUAAUAAAAUUAACGAAAAAUAAUACUUGUGAUUUGAAUGAUCAGCAGAUAAAAAAAGUCGAUCGUCGUAUAAAAAAAUUAACGAGCUCUAUAUAAAUGGCGGGAGGAAGGGAAGGAGGGAGGGAGGGAGAAAGACCGUGACAUAUUCUAAAUUGUUAUCUUUAAUUAAUCAAAUUGAUCAAAGUCAUUAUACUCUCGCUAUGAGAAAUUAAAACUACUGUUCAAAAAUAGAUUUAAAAAGAGGAAU